AUGGGAGCUACAGGGGUGUUUGGCACACACUGUGUUAUCUUGUACCUCCUUCAGAUGGUAGUGCUCAGUUCAGAAGAAUUCACAGUGUCUGGCUUGACUAGGCCAGUCUUGGCUCCAUUGGGGGGGAACCUUGAACUCAGUUGUCAGGUGUCCCCACCACAAAAUGCAGAGCACAUGGAGAUUCGCUGGUUCAGGUACCGCUAUACACAGCCUGUGCACCUGUAUAAAAAUGGUAAAGACCUGCAUGGAGAAACUAUCUCCAAGUAUGUAGAGCGGACAGAACUCUUGAAAGAUGAUAUUGGGAAAGGAAGAGUGACCCUAAGGAUCUUCAAUGUGACUGCCGAUGAUAAUGGGCCAUAUCACUGCAUCUUCAAAGAUGGUGAAUUUUAUGAAGAGCACAUCACAGAGGUCAAGGUCACAGUCACAAGCUCAGACAUACAGAUUCUUAUGCAUCCCCCUAAUACAAAAGGUGUGAUGUUGGAGUGUCAUUCAGGAGGCUGGUUCCCAAUGCCUCAUAUGGAAUGGAGAGACAGCAAAGGCGAGGUCAUUCCAGCAACAUCAAAAUCCCACUCACAGAAUAGAAACAAAUUGUUCAGCAUGACAAUGGCCCUUCUUAUUAAAGCCAACUCCCACCGGAAUGUCACUUGCUGCCUUCGAAAUCCUCUAACUCACCAGGAAGAAAGCAUCAACAUUGUCCUAUCAGACAAACUGUUUUCAUGGAGAAGAGUUUGGAUACAGAUUCUGAGUUUAAUAACAUGUGUGCUAAUAGCCUUCCUCUUGACUUCCUGUGUUCGGCAACAUCUCAUAUUUGGUAAGUAUGGGAAAGGUAGGUGUCCUUGGAAAAAGACUGUGAUACUACUCAUUAUUUCAAUAUUUGCAAUUAUAGGAGUCAAUCUCAUUUUGCAUCUAAGACAAAGAGUCCCAAUUUCAGAUCCACAUUUUGAACUGGAUACUUUGUGGGUAGAAGAUAUUAGUGUGGUCCUGUGUGUGCUGAUAGUGUUCAUCAUCAACCUCGUUUCAUUUAUUUACUUCAGAUUGAAAGGUAAUUAUGAAAGGAAUCCUGGCAACUCAGAAGAUCUGGAUCACAUGAUUGUUGCUCAGAUGUCUAGAAGGUGA